CCAUUUUAAGCCCCCAUUGUGGCGGAGAGGAUCGGUGACGUCGUCAGCUCCUCGGGUGUGAAGGGAAAUCCUGCUUCAGCUGGGGAUCACAGUCAACCCCACACCCGGCAGGACUUAGCCGGUCAGCUAGACUGACUGCCUCAGCCGUAGACAUCGACCUAUGCUCGAGUGUAGUUGCUCCCAUGGUGAAGCUCAUGAUCAGUUGGCAUCGAUAAGAUCAAAGACAACUGUUAUCAGCCGCCACCCUUGGAUCGUCCAGGAAAGGGAGGGCAUCCCUAGCCAAGAACUGCAGGAAUGUGGGCAGAGUGAAGCCAACGUAAGGGCAUGGUGUGUGUCUGAAGAACGGGCCGCAAUGAAGACAGUGCGCGAGAGGGGUGCAAAAUUCAGGACGGAGGGACCGUUGGACCUAUCGAUAUCCACAGACAUUCAUGAUCAGUGUGCCGUCGAGGAGGUCGGAGGAGGUUACUACCUGAAUAUUUCUGACUCAUGGUCAGCCGCCGAGGGAUGCUGGUGUAGCACAACCUAUGUAGAUCCCGAGGGAAGCAUCUUUGUGAGAUGGCCAUUGUGGAGGAGGGGAAGAUUCUUCUGCAGAACCACCCUCGCUACUGGACCCAAGUUAAGCGCGUGGCAUGCUCGGAUCAGGUUCCAGUCGUUCCAGUGUCUCUGGCAUGGCUCGAUUUGGCUAAGCCGUUCGUUGUCUCCGAUCGGGGGGGAGCCUGGAAAGGCAACGAUGAUCUAAUCAGUCGGCAGCAUGAGGGGAACUACAAUGUCUGAAACAGGGCAGGUAUGUGUAGUCCAG